GACAGAGCCAGCGGCAGGCAAAAUGCACUUGCAAGUGAGACGCUGAGAGAAUCACUGCCACUGCCACUGCCAUUGAACCACAGCCCCUGCCCCACCAUCCGCUCAAACUUCAAAUCGGUAGGUGAGAGAUGCUGUAGACAUUGUGCUUCCUGCUCGGCUGGGCGCCCGCUGGCCAUGGAACGGUAGCUGCGGACGAGAACGACUAGACACGGGACGGCAGUGCCAUGUUUGUGAUGAGCAUUUGGGGCACCAGCCUGAGCCUUAGUAGCCGCAGCCUGGCCAUUGCCCUGGUGCUUUGCUUGACGCUGUUGUACUUCUCCUACAGCUUCAAUGCCUGUCUGCUGGCCAGCAUCAGUCGCAGCCUUCAGCAGAGCAACUUACGCAACCUGCUGUCACUGACGUCGACGCCCCGCAACGAAAGUAGCAGCAUCAGCAGCAGCAGCAGCAGCAACGAUUCCGCCACACCCGCUGCUACUCCAUUGGCCAACACCACUGGCUCUACUGGCAGCGACAGCACCAGCAAUGUCCCAGCCGCUGUGGGGAUUGCCAGCAGCUCGGAUGGCUCGCCCAAGUAUCAGCUGCUGCGGCAGCCGGGCUUGCGUCCGUCCCGCCACCUGCCCGACACGCUCAUCAUUGGCGUGAAGAAGAGCGGAACGCGAGCACUGCUGGAGUUCAUUCGCCUGCAUCCGGAUGUGCGGGCGGCCGGCUCCGAGGUGCACUUCUUCGAUAGGCACUAUCAGCGUGGCCUGCGCUGGUACCGCCACCACAUGCCGUACACCAUCGAGGGUCAGAUCACCAUGGAGAAGACGCCGAGCUAUUUUGUGACGAAGGAGGUGCCCCAGCGGGUCUAUCAUAUGAACACGGCCACCAAACUGCUGAUUGUGGUGCGAGAUCCGGUGACGCGUGCCAUCUCGGACUACACGCAGGCGGCCAGCAAGAAGGCGGACAUGAAGCGGUUCGAGCAGCUGGCCUUUGUCAAUGGCAGCUACUCGGUGGUGGACACCAACUGGGGGCCCGUCAAGAUUGGCGUGUACUCGCGCUACCUGGAGCGCUGGCUCCUCUACUUUCCUCUCUCCCAGCUGCUCUUCAUCAGCGGCGAGCGUCUGAUCAUGGAUCCCGCCUACGAGAUCGGACGCGUACAGGACUUUCUCGGAUUGAAGCGUGUGGUCACCGAGAAGCAUUUCUACUUCAAUGCCACCAAGGGUUUUCCGUGCCUAUUCAAGUCCGAGGCACGUUCCACGCCCCACUGCCUGGGCAAGACGAAGGGCCGCAAUCAUCCGCAUAUCGAUCCCAGUGCCAUCGAGAGGCUGCGCGAAUUCUACAGGCCAUUUAACAAUAAGUUUUAUCAACUGACGGGCAUUAAUUUUGCCUGGGCAUAGGAGCGACGGUUCCUGUUCCACCUCACCACUGGAUAUAGCGGAGGGAAGAGGCAACUUGUUGUUGCCACCACGUGUGGCAACGGACUGAUAUUGUUGAUUGCAUUUUUUGAUACAUAUAAAUUGUACUUAUCUAGUAUAUAUAUAUACAAACAACCACCAUAUACGGAUAUAGCUAUUUAGAUGAUAUACACACACAAACAUACAAACACACAAACAGACAGAUCUCGCAGGAGCGCAGAGAUUAUUGCUCAAUUAUUGGUAGCUUUAUCAGGAGACAAAUUCAACGAUAAUGGUUCCUCUCUACUCAA